AGUCAAGUCUAUCAGUACCCUCAGCUAUGUACAUGUUUGUAGUUCAGCUGAUUACAGUCUACAGUGUGUGUAGCUAUAUCACAAGUCAAGUCUAACAGUACCCUCAGCUAUGUACAUGUUUGUAGUUCAGCUGAUUACAGUCUACAGUGUGUGUAGCUAUAUCACAAGUCAAGUCUAACAGUACCCUCAGCUAUGUACAUGUUUGUAGUUCAGCUGAUUACAGUCUACGGUGUGUGUAGCUAUAUCACAUGUCAAGGCCAGGAUGUGUUCCUUUCCAGGGUGGUGCCCUCCUCCCUGGUGUGUGGUUCUCUGUGUACCUACACAACUAGGUGUGGCUCCUUCAUCUGGGAUGCUGCCACCAGAAGCUGCCACCUGCACACAGGAGGAGACACGGGCAACAGCAGAUGGGGUAUGAUGCAAGCUCAAUAUCAGGUAAACCCUCGGAGUUCUGUUUGUGGAAGUCGCUUAUGUGGCACCCACAAGACCUGCGUGCCUGUUGAGGCGGGGUCUGGCCAUAUUUGUCUUGGAAUGACACCCGCGUCUGUGGCUUCAGUCGCUGCCACUACGCCGACGACUACCAGAACUGGGCCACCCACAGCGACAUCUGCAAUCACAUCAUCAACGAAUUCUCCUGCAACUUCUGUGACGACACCACUGGGGACAUUCUUCCAGUCUACAACUGCUGCAUCGACGUCUAAUACUGUUGCAUCGACGUCUACAACUGCUGCAUCGACGUCUACAUCUCAGUCAGCCACAACAACAACCUUCCCGGCCAUAACCUCUGCAUCACUGCCUACAACAACUCCUCCCACGUCUGCUGUGACAACGACAUCUACAACUGCUACAACAUCUACAUCAAUGCCUACAACCUCUCCUACUACAACGACUGUGUCAACAACCUCUCCUGCUGCAUCUACAACUACGACAACUGCCACGACGACAACGUCUUACACAUGUGCUGUGACAAGUCUGUCAGUAAACGAUAACGAGUGCGGGACAUACCUCGGGUGUUACAUGGAUGACUGGAAACGUGUACUUCCACAUGGUCACCUGGUCGACAGGACUACGAUGACAACCGAAACAUGCAUGUUGAAUUGCUACGGCAACUACACCCACUUUGGAGUCGAGGACGGAAGCGAAUGCUUUUGUGGUGACGUCAUCAAGACAGGGUACACUCUGAAGGCCGACUAUGAAUGCUCCGCUCGAUGUUCAGGCAAUAGAGGCACUGGGUGUGGAGGUCCGUGGAGGAUCUCCAUCUACAGAAUAGUCCCCUGACGUGUCGUGUAAAUGUGCCUUUGCAGGACAUUACAGCUUUGUUUCAUUGUUGUGGGCCAAUUGUAUUUUAAGACUUUUCAUUACAAUGGACAUCAAUUUCUUUUCAAGUCUUACGCUUGCUUCAUAUCAUUGUACAAAUGUUGACAAAUUGUUAUGCCCCAAGGGCAUUUGAGUGAGUGAGUGAGUUGGGUUUAACGCCGCUUUUAACAGUAUUCCAGUUAUAUCAAGGCGUGUCAGCUUAAUGUGGGAGGAAAGCACGAAGUGAUGCAGGUCUCAGAC